AUGUCCAUGGAUAAGUCUUUCAUGCUUUUCCCUAACCUUCCCACGGAGCUCCGCCUCAAAAUCUGGAGGCUGACGUUACCCCUAUUUACUCGCGUGCUCGAAGCGAAGCCACACAAACCCUGGUCAACAACGACCCAAAGAUCCAGAACUCCAAAAUGGACUAUUACCCCAACAACAAACACGACUCUCCUAUCAAUAAAUCAAGAGUCGCGAAACGAGCUCAAGAAGUUCUAUUCUGCGCCUUUCAACCCAGACAACGUCUUUCCCUCGUACGGGUCUAAAAUCGACUUCCGACUUCACUGUCGGGUUGGUCCUGAUACGGAACCGUACUCGGAGAUUGCUGGUCUUCGCUUCAACUACGAAUUCGAUACCUUGUUUCUUGAUAUCACGGAUCUUUGCUAUCUAUGGCCUAGAAUCUACACGUUUUCUACUCUCCUGGAAAGUGUUUUUGGAGACUCAUAUCCUGAAGCUCAACAAAAACUUCGAAGCCUCGCAGGGAGUGAAGACUUCUGGGAUACAAUCGUCCUGCAGGAAAACGAGUUAGAAGAAAAAGUGCUGGAGAAUUUUGUUAGCAUGGAGGAAAACAUCGUGGUCUUUGAACAAGGCAUCUUGGGUAGAGAUGACAUUCUUGUGAGGUUUGAGGAUGUUGAGGAGAUCGAGUGGGCCGGGCAGGAGAGGCUCUAUCUUGAUCAGUUUCCGAGAGUUGAGGGGGUUCUAGUGAAGUCUUGCAGAGGCGUUGGGAAUAAGGAAUUGGGGCUGCUGGAGGUGACAAAUAAAUGGAAUUUUGGGAGUUUUGGGCAAGGGGGAGGAAGCAGUCCUGCCUCUUCCGGUGUUUGA